AAAAACAAAAUAGAGAAGAAGGCAACGAAAGAGAAAGAAAGGCAAGAAUCUCUCUUUCCCCGUAGGUGACGGUCCCCGAAUCUCUCAGGCAGUCUCUCUCUCUCUCUCGAUCAAUCCAUCUUCUUUCUGCAAUUUUCCAGAUGUUCAGUAUCCAAAAGGAAUCAAUCAGCUUGGUGCUUCUUUAGAAAAAAAUCUGUAUUGUAAAGGACUCAGCUUUGUCUUUUAUUACAUGAGAAAUGUCUGUUUGAUUGAUGUUCAGGUUUCUUGGCGACAGGGGAAGAUAAAUAUAUAUAUAUACAUAUAUUCUUUCACCAUGAAUGAGAAUAUAGAGGAACAAAAGAAAGGAAAGUAUGUACUAAUCCGUGAUGGUGAGGGCAAUGAGUUAGGAGGACUCUUCUAUAAGCCUCUUCCUUGCUUUGGUUUUGGAAUCGGAUGGCUCUCGUUUCUUCUUGGGUUCUUCUUCCCGUUUGCUUGGUACUUUGCCACAUUUCUAUACCUCACUAACUAUUACCGUAGAGAUCCACGCGAGAGAUCUGGUCUUGCUGCCUCUGCCAUUGCUGCUUUGAUAUUCACCGUUGCACUGUUGAUCACCGUUCUUGUUCUUCUUUUCUCUGGUCGCUAGAGUCCUCUGUUGUAUAUUCUUUCUGGGGUGGGUUUCUAAAGAAAACAACUUCAAGACUGUUUCCAGAACAAGUAAGAGUUUUAUAUUUGAUGAUGGAGAGAAUGUGAGGUUUCAAAGAGAAGCUACUUUUGCGUAGUCCUUUUAGAUUUAAAGUUUGGUUUGUCUUUUGUACAUAUACUAUUGGAGGAUAUCUAUAUAGAAAUGUUGUUUGAACCAAUCAUCAUUUCAUAAGAAUGCACCUUGGAAUCCA